AUGCUAGGGUUUUCUUCAUCAGAGGUUCUGGUCGAUCCGCAAUCAAUUUCUUCAUCUGUGAUUCAGGAUAUGUUCUACCAAAUGGGGUAUUUGGAAAACCUCUCUCUCAUAUCAAAGUUAAAAAAGCCCAACCUGCCUACUAUGUUGAAUGAGUUUUUCACUGUACUGUUUAAGAGAUUCUCAGUGCACUCGAAGAUCUCAUGUGGUUGCUUCUGGUCAAUUAUUGUUCAACGUGCAAUUGUUAACCAUCAGAUACAGGUACAAUAUAUCUCUGUGAUCGCUGCGAUUCCAAUCUUUCACACUUCCAACUUUAUUGUGUCCGAUCCUACCAAGUUCGACUUCAUAGGAUCCAUUCCGGAAGCUAUGCUACUCAAAGUUCCAACAAACAAUGUACUUAUCAGUGAGUAUCGUAAGAAGCCUGCCUCAGAUUCUCGUCCUAUGCCUGAAGAUUUGCGAAGGGCACUUGAAGAGGGAAACUAG